GCAUUGAUUGUCAAUCAUAAAACUGUCAAAAUUUUAGGUACUCGCAACCCUUUUGCUUUUAAAUAAUUCCCAGGCAACGAUGACUACCAUAAAAAAGUUCAAGUCAAAGAAGGUCUCCAAUCAAUACACACGUUACUUUGAUGUCAAAAACCUAUUGCGCAGCGACAAAACCUACAGGGUGGCCGAUUGCACCAAGGCAAUCGGAUCACCAAAGAACAAGCAAACAAGAACUCAGACGACCCGGUCACCCGGUCGAUCCGUCUCAACGACAAUUCAAUGGCAGCCCAUUGGCAAUGCAUUUGUGGAUGAUGCAAGAGGCAGUCCAUAUUUGCUGCUCUCCGAGGACGAUACGCUGGUCAAUGAACACACGAAGAAAAGACGACGACAGACCACCUGCCAUAAUGUGUUGCAUGAGCCACGUCUGAAGCUAGAUCCAACGGGCAUUGAGCCUCUGAUACGCGGCAUACGGAUCAGCAUUUGUGUUGAGCAUACCCGCUUUCCACUGAUCGCCAAGGUAACCAAGGGCAUGGGCCUGACCCAUGUGCCCGAGCAUCGUCUCUGGAACGUGCAAUGGUGCGAUAAUACGCCCCACUUUGAUCUUUUAAAGAGCAUGAAGCGCUUUCAGCAAAUCAACCAUUUUCCCGGCAUGAGCGAGAUCUGUCGCAAGGAUUUGCUCUCGCGCAAUCUGAAUCGCAUGCUGAAAAUGUAUCCAGGCGAUUAUCGCAUCUUUCCCAAAACCUGGCUGCUGCCCACCGAUACGUACGAUGUGGCCGUUUAUUUGAACAAACACAAGCGCACCUUUAUACUCAAGCCAUAUUCAUCGGGUCAGGGGCGUGGCAUUUGGCUAACCAAUAAUCUGCGCUCUGUGGGCAGACAGGAGAAGCUCAUAUGUCAGUCCUACGUUGAUAAGCCCCUUCUUAUCGAUGGCUAUAAAUUUGAUUUGCGUGUCUAUACACUGGUUACCUCAGUGGAUCCAUUGCGCAUAUUUGUGUACAAUGAGGGUUUGGCUCGUUUUGCGACGCACAAAUACAAGCCCCCGGCACUGGGUAACAGUAAUAACAUGUUCAUGCACUUGACCAACUAUUGUGUGAAUCGUCGGAAUUCGAACUAUGAUGCGGGCAGUGGCAAUGAUGGUGGCUCCAAGCGCAAAUUGAGCGCCUACAACAAGUGGCUCGUGGACCACAACUACAGCGUGGAAGAGUUCUGGGCAGCGGUGGAUGAUGCGAUCAUCAAGACUGUGAUUAGCGCAUGGCCGGUGCUGAAGCAUAAUUAUCAUUUGUGUUUCCCCAAGCACGACAAGAUUCAGGCAUGCUUUCAGUUGCUGGGCUUUGAUAUACUCGUGGAUUGGAAGCUCAAACCGUACAUUUUGGAGGUGAACCAUACGCCAAGCCUAUCCGGCGGCGAGCCCGUUGACUAUGAAGUGAAGCGCCCGUUAAUACGGGAUACAUUGAAUUUAAUUAGCACGCCGCUCGUCGACAAGGAGGAGAUUAUUCGGGAGGAUCGUGCACAGCUUAGGGAUCGUUUAAUGAGGCAGCAGGCGCAUCGGCGGCGCGCAGUCACACCCAGCAAGUCGGCGGUGACACCGCAAAGAGCCGCCGGUGGCGCUGACCUGAAUCAGGCAUGUUCCCUGGGCGCCUUGGCCCAGCAAAUUGCCUGGGAGGAGAGCCAUUUGGGCAACUAUAGACGGAUCAUGCCGCCCACAAAUAGCGAUCGAGUCAACUAUUAUUUUAAGUUCUAUAAUCAAUUCAAAGAGGUGUCCAUGUUUAAGGAGAAUAACACCAGCAAGGGUCGCAUUCGUCUCAAUCGUGAGCAUUUGAAGCAACAGAAACUGCAACAGCAGCUGUUAACCGAACAGGAUCAGCUGCGUCAUUUGCGACAGCGCAAACAGAAGCUACAGCAUAUAUUCCUGCAGAAGAAUACACAGAAUUUCUCGAAUUUGCUCAAACAGAAGCGCAUGGAGGCGCUGGCUAUUGCCAAGGAUAUACAUUUGCAAAAGGCUAGAUUGUUGCAACAGAAUGCGGGCAAGGAAAGGGUGGGCAUUUGGCAGAUGGUUGACAAGCAGCAAGUGGAAUCGAAUCAGGAUAUGGACACCAGUCCGGACAAAAUGAUAUCAGUGGGCGCACGCAUACGGCACAAGCGCAGCAUGGCCGUCAUCAAGUCCCAUCGACGCUCACAACGCCGCCAGUUGCAGCGCCGAGCAAGACGCGCACGUCGCCUGGAACGGGAAUCCCGCCUCGAUGCCGAAUUCCUGGCCAAGCAUGCGGUUAACCAUGCGGUCGGCGGACGUCUGCAAGCGGGCAGCUCUAAAAUCAUAAGCACCAGCUCCAAAGCAGGCCUCAACCAGCAACAGCAGCAGCAGAUGCAACUGCAGUUGGCUGCCAGGUCCAAGUCCAAGCCCCGAGCCAAGGCUAAGCAUAGGCCGGCUAGGAAAAUCAAAAGCUCCGCCAAGUUAGCCAAGCAAGCAGUUUGUAACAAGGACGUGAUGGAUUGGAUGCCGCAGCCAAUCAAUGAGGCCGACAAACAGCUGCAAGUCGAGUGGCGCACACAACGGACGGCGGCUGUCAAUUGCGGGCAGUUCAAGGAGGUGCUCUUCCAUGAAAUGUACGAGCGUGGUCAUCUUACCAAAAAUGAUAUUAAGCAAUUCCCGAAUCUUCUUUAUCGCAUACUACGAGACGAAAUAAAUAAAGAUGCGAGCGUUGGAGGCGACUAAGCACAUAAGAAGCGUGCUCUUUAGAAGAUUCCCCAAACAUAUCCCCCAUUUGGUUCAACCGACAUUUGUUUUUAUAUUUUUGUACUCACAAAUUCAAACUCUUUUUUCCUAGCCGAAGACAUUAAAGCAAUAUAUGGUGGAGAGACCGAAUUGUUCCCAAUGUUUGUUGAUCGAACUGAAGUAAAAUGAGCUCCUAUCGGGGCUCUGGUGGUUAAAUGGAAGCAUUUAUAGUAAUGGGGAAAAACAUUAAAAAAAAAAAAAA